AGCAUCGAAACGUUGCACAAUGUUACAUAGACGUGGGGUAUCACUAUCCACCCACUGGCAACCACACACAGUGGAUGUUCCCUGACCGUCAGCUCUUGCCCACACAAACACAAAAUAUGGAUGGUAAUCUACCGUUGACCCAAUCAUCGUAUUGCACCGUGGUAGAUAAAAAAGACCAGUCUAAACUAAUAUGCUACACGCAUACAACAUCUGGGAUAUUCAAUGUUGGUUUGACAAAUGCCUUUGAUGUGUGGAGCACAGAUUUCACUGAGGAGACAUUGAACCAGUUUAGACAGAAGUUUGCCUUAAAGUCAACAGAGGAUUAUAUCCUGAAAAUCAGGUCUGCGUGUGGGAGUGGGAGAGUGUCGGUAUCGGUGCAGGACACCAGUGCAGUGCUCUAUGUAGCGGCCAGUCCAGGAGACCUGAGUGUGACUCUGUCCAGACUAAAAGAACAAGAGGCUAAAGAGGUCCUGAGAGAGCUGCUGUUUAGAAUGGCAGACAGCCUGACCCAUUUAAACAAUACUGCAGGCCCUACCUCAUUCAGUCCUGGGAAGAGUCCGCACAAACGGAAUACAGACUUUGAGCCAAGGAGACACCAGCAGAGUGGCCAAACUAUGGCAGUCAAGAAGCGUCUCCCAGGAGAUUCUCUCAUCAACCCAGGAACUAAGAGAAAGCGUCAAGCAACCGGGGUGGCAUUUGAUGAUGAAGACGAUCAGUGAUAAUUUGCUAAGAGGAAUGACCACAGUUGCUUUCCAUACUUGCUGUCACAUUUCUCCAGCAUACAAACAAUAUAGUGCAUGAAUGUUCUUUUAAUCCACUAACACUAAGCCAUACAGCUUCAUCAAAAAAAUAAUAUACCCAUUUAAUGAAUACUGUCCAAAUGAUGACAAUCUGCUUUUUAAGGACUAGAGUCCCAAAUGGCACUCAUUCCCUAUUUGGUGCACUACUUUUGACCAGAUCCCUAUGGGUCAUGAUUAAAAGUAGUGCACUAUAUAGGGUGCAAUUUUAGACACACUCAUUAUCAUUACCUCAAUCACUGUGGGAAGACUUGAAACAUAUUUUAAAAAAGAUUCUCCCCAAUUUCAUGGUCUCCAAUUGGUAGUUACAGUCUUGUCUCAUCGCUGCAACUCCCGUACGGACUCGGGAGAGGCGAAGGCCGUGAGCCGUGCGUCCUCCGAAACACAACCCAACCAAGCCGCACUGCUUCUUGACACAAUGCCUGCUUAACCCGGAAGCCAGCCGCACCAAUGUGUCGGAGGAAACACCGUACACUUGGUGACCGUGUCGGCGUGCAUUGCGCCCGGCCUGCCACAGGAGUCGCUAGUGCGCAAAGGGACAAGGACAUCCCUGCCGGCCAGACCCUCCACUAACCCGGACGCAGCUGGGCCAAUUGUGCACCGCCCCAUGGGUCUCCCGGCUGCGACAGAGCCUGGACUCGAACCCAGAAUCUCUAGUGGCACAGCCUUAGACCACUGCACCACUCGGGAGGCCCGUAUUUUAAUCUUUUAACUUUAUAAUAAACAUUACUUUUUAAA